AUGGAAGCUUUCAUCAAAUCUUAUGAUGUCAAAGUAUGGCGAGUCACUAAGAAGGGUGACUUUCCUCUCCUACAGUCAAAACCAAAAAAGAAACCAGAAGGACAGGUAUCUACUGAAACCCUUGAUAUUGAUGAUUAUACUGAUGAGCAUAUGGUGAUCGUGCAGAUAAAUUCAAAAGCAAACAACCUAUUAUACAAUGCUAUAAGCGGAGAAGAAUUUGAGAGAAUAUCAAGUUGUGACACAGCUAAAGAAAUGUGGGAUAAACUUGAAGUUACCUAUGAAGGUACCGGUAAAGAUGAUGAAUCCAUUGAAGACAUGUUUGGCCGAUUUAGCAAAAUAGUUGAAGAUCUAAAAUCCUUUGGAAGAGCAUAUUCAAGUGGUGAACAAGUCAGAAAGAUUCUAAGAAGUUUACCCACUUUAUGGCAACCAAAAGUUGUUGCUCUUGAAUACGGAGAUCUCGACAAACUAUCAUAUGAUGAACUUCGUGGAGACCUUACGGACUUUGAGCAAAACCAUCUCUAA